CCUCGUAGCCCCGCCCCCCGCGGCCAUUCCGCAGCUGUGAUUGGCGGGCGGCUCCCGGUCCUCUCCCUCUCCCUGGCGGCGGAGGGCGCGCAGCAGCGGCGGUGCGCGGAGCGGCGCGGAGCCGCGGGUGGGGGCCGGAAUGAGCGAGCUGCGGCAGCGGCUGUGCGGGGAGCGGGAGCCUGAGGAGAAGUUGCAGGAAUCAGAGUCUGAGAACAAGCUGGAUGGAGAGACCGCGUCAGACAGCGAGAGCAAGUCUGAAUUUGGAGGAUCGCCUCCGGUGCCAACAUCAGAUGACACUCCAGAGGUCCUGAACAGAGCUCUCUCCAACCUGUCCUCAAGAUGGAAGAAUUGGUGGGUAAGAGGCAUCCUCACUCUGGCAAUGAUCACCUUCUUCUUCAUCAUCAUCUACUUGGGACCCAUGGUCUUAAUGACAAUAGUGAUGUGUGUCCAGAUCAAAUGUUUCCACGAGAUCAUCACUAUUGGCUAUAAUGUGUAUCACUCGUAUGACCUGCCCUGGUUCAGGACGCUCAGCUGGUACUUCUUACUCUGUGUUAACUACUUUUUCUACGGUGAGACUGUGACAGAUUAUUUCUUCACCCUGGUUCAGAGGGAGGAGCCCCUGCGAAUUCUCAGCAAAUACCACCGCUUCAUUUCUUUUGCCCUCUACUUGACAGGCUUCUGCAUGUUUGUCUUGAGCCUGGUGAAGAAGCACUAUCGCCUCCAGUUCUACAUGUUUGGAUGGACCCAUGUGACGUUGCUAAUUGUUGUUACCCAGUCGCACCUCAUCAUUCACAACCUGUUUGAAGGAAUGAUAUGGUUCAUCGUCCCGAUUUCCUGUGUGAUCUGCAAUGACAUCAUGGCCUACAUGUUUGGGUUCUUCUUUGGCCGCACCCCGCUUAUCAAGCUGUCCCCAAAGAAGACCUGGGAGGGUUUUAUUGGAGGGUUUUUUGCCACCGUUUUGUUUGGGUUACUGCUGUCCUAUGUGAUGUCUGGGUACCGGUGCUUCACUUGUCCGGUGGAGUUCAACAAUGACACCAACAGCUUCACAGUGGACUGUGAGCCAUCAGAGCUGUUCCAGCUACAGGAGUACAACAUCCCCUUGGUGCUGCAGUCCGUGGUGGGCUGGAAGACAGUCCGGAUGUACCCCUUCCAAAUCCACAGCAUUGCACUGUCUACUUUUGCCUCCCUUAUUGGGCCAUUUGGAGGCUUCUUUGCUAGUGGAUUUAAGAGAGCCUUCAAAAUCAAGGACUUUGCCAACACAAUCCCAGGGCAUGGAGGUAUCAUGGAUCGCUUUGACUGUCAGUAUCUGAUGGCUACGUUUGUGAACGUGUACAUUGCAAGCUUUAUCAGAGGUCCUAACCCAAGCAAACUGAUCCAGCAGUUCUUAACCUUGAGGCCAGACCAGCAGCUGCACAUCUUCAACACAUUAAAAGCUCACCUUGUCGACAAGGGUGUGUUGGGUGGUUCAGAGGAUGCGUAGACAGCCAGGAGAUCUGGAAUAGGACUGAAAAUGGACAAGCCUCCCCGUGGAAAUUCCUGGCUUGCCUGAUUUAAGACAAUAACAAGGCCUCAUUUCACUGUAACUUUUCUUCCUUUCUUGGUAAAUGUUUGCAUUUGUGUUUGGUUUUUUUUUUUUUUUUUUUUUUUUUACAUAUAUAAUAUAUUUAUAGAGCUUUGGUUCAAAUGAGCAAAUCUGAGUUUGUAGCUGGAAAGGAAUUAAGACUCGGAAGGAGUUGGGUGAAAUAAGAGGGUGCAACUGCCCUUGUGGUCGGUGCUUACUCACUGAUGCAGACGUGGGCAGAGCUGAACUUCGCCUGUGAGUGCUUCUAUGCAGGGAAUACACAAAGCAGUGUCCAUACAACCAGCUCUGCCUGCAGGAGCCAGCGGGGAAGGUGAAGCCACGCAGCUCCCCUGGGUGCUGUGCCACGCUGUGUUGGUGAUGGCAGCUCUGGAGACCUUAAUUUUCUCCAGUGGUAACUGUGAAUGUUCAUUUUCCUAGAAAGCCACAUACACACGCUCCUGUGUGCAGCCCCUUGGAGAUUCUGCAGGGCAAGCACAAGGCUCAAUUAGUUGGAAGAGGACCUUGUACUAAUCCAGCAAUAUUUCCUCUGCCCAGUCAGGCAUGUGUCUCUAUUUUUCACUUGCUGUUUCUGCCGGUGCUUCCCACAUUCUCCUCUUCUAGCUGAUAUUUUGGCUAAUAAGAUCUUUUUUAACCUAUUAAAUUGGAAAUUAACUGAGGGUAAGGGAUUAAGAAGCUGGUAGUUGCUCGUGGGAACGUGGGAGGUUCAGAUUGCUUCAAAACUGAAUCGAGUAAAAAGGUUUUAAAGAACAUCAGAGUUUCAUUGAGCAAAUCCUGCCAAGGAAAAACAACCUUGUAAAUAACUUGGUUUGUAUUUCCUCACUCAAAUAAUGUUUAAGAAACAUCAAACCACGCUUUUUUUUUUUUUUUUUUCCCCUCCAUUUCUUGAUGGUUGGAAACCCUACACUGGGAUAUUUUAGCUGAUUUGGGGAGCGGUUUCCAACUUGGUUUUGUUUCUGAAACGUGCAGGCUGGGGCUCCAGCACCCCACGGGUGCUGUCAGCUGGCUAUUUCAUUUUUCUUUCAGGGAUCAUGUCUGUCUCCCGUUUGUUACUUGAGUUCUAGACGUUGUGCUGCUGAGUUUUACCACGGUCUGUGUUGCAUUUCAGUCUGGGUUCAUUUACCUGCAGGCUUCUGUCCUGCUUCGCUCGCUAAAUCUUGUCAUCAGUAGGUUGCACUUCCUAGCUGGAGGUUUUAUCAAAGGACUUUCCUUUAUUUUGUCCUACUUUUUAAUUAUUUAAAAGAGGAGAACCCUAAGGAUUGUAAAACUUUCUUCUUUCUGUGAUCAGAUAGUGAGAAUAUCCCCGACUUACUCUAGAUCUUAUGCAGUGUUCUCAUGUACAAGAUGACUGAUUUUACUUCUCAUAAUUUGUGCACAAGAGAGAGAAACUUCUCCUUAUUUUAACCCAGGGAACAAGUGUCAGGGAAAGAUAAUACAGAAGUACAUUGCUGUUGUCAAACCAUUGCUGACAUAAACCUUAUACACAGCCACCCUCUCCCCACAUGGAGACUUGUACAUGCUGCAAACUAGCAAAGCAUCAGCAGAAAGUCAAACACCUGCAGCUAUUUCAUAUUCCAUAUUCUGAUCCUGCUCUUGCUUUCAUUUACCCUGAAAGAGUGGACAGGAGAGCACACGCGUGCACGUGUAAAUACACGAGUAGAUCCCAAUCUCUCUCUUACUUCUGUACAACUCUGUGUCAUAAAUUCUGCUUCAUCUCCCUGCACAGGAGCUGUGGGGCAGAAGUGUGUGCCCAUUGCACUGCAAAUACAGGCGUCGAUCAGGAGCGUGCACUGUGGAGAAGGGAGGACUAUUUCCACUGCGGUGCUGGUGAAGCUGCUGGCUUGGGGCAGGGGUCAGGGCUGCUGUAUGGAGCCAGGUCAGGGUUGUGUUUGGUUAACACCAUCAGCAUAGAUGUUUUCCUAGAUCAGUUGUGGAGCCUGAUCUUUUCCAGCUUGCAUCAGGCAGGGAUUUAUUUUGUGUUGACUUGGAGGAUGUUGUUCCAAGCCCCUCAUUAGAAAAGCAGAGGGGAGAAUUGAGAUGCUUCCACCUUGCUUUGCACGGAGAAGGUAUUUGGGCUGCAUUUUGCUAUGAUUUGUCUGAAUUGAGCUAGGCCAGGUGAGGGCUCUUGGAGCAGUACCUGAACUGGGAAUAGGUGUGGAAGCAACAGGGCUUUGUGUAGUCCCUAAAAGCAGCUUUCCCCAUGGUCAGACAAGCUGGUGCUCUCCUGGAUUCUCACUGCCUGAUGGUAACACCUCCCAAAAUCCCUUGUACUGCCCUGUUGGGGCUGAAGUCUGUCCUCAGAAGAAGCUAUAGUGUUGAUAGAUUUAACAGAAGUGUACUGCUCUUUAUAACAAUGCAUUUUUCACACGGGUCUCUAGUCUCCUGCUCAUCUUGCUUUAAACCUUUCGUCCUUCUUUAGUUGUAAUUAGUGGGGCAAAAACCCCAAACCUUUGUGCAUGCUUUUGAUUUGAAGUGGCACUUGGGCCCAUUUAAUGGUGCAGUGCUGCAUGUGGACACUGGAGGGCAAAGCAGCUGCAUUCAUGGCUGCAUAGUGCUGGGAGAGAAGCAGCACUGAUGUGUGUGGGGUGGCUUUCUGCUGAGCUUGCAGCUUUCUUCUUCCUUCCUCCCCAGCAGUGCAGGGGAUGGGCGUGCUUCGAAACCUGUUGUGAUCCUCGAGGGUAAAGCUACAUGGAAAUCAUGCUCUCAGGUUUAGUUACCUGAAUGGGACUGGUGGAUUCAUUUAGGGAAAUAGAGGAGGAAGGGAGGGAGAUGGAGGGUGGUUAGGUUAUCUGCAGGCUGGACUGGCUGAAUAAUAAUGGUGAGCAAAGCAGUUGUGGCUGGUAAACCCACUUGGUUUCUGCACCACUGGUGGGAGUGUGGGGAUGGCCCUGGUCGUGUAGGGGAUGGCCCUGGCCAGCUCCUAGUGACAGCAUGCUGUUACAGGGCAGGAUUUUGGGGGAUUGCCCCACCACUCCUGCCUGGGAAUGGCUUUGGUUUGCUGACGAUGUUUCAAGUUAGACUGAGCUGUUCAUUUCCUUUCACUUUCUGCCAACAGUGGAGUUAGCUGCACCGAGUGUUCAUACAGGGAUGUGCAGCAAGAUACACUGCAGCUCUUCCCAUUGCUUUAUGCCUUGCUGGAGCUUGGCCUUCCUGCCAGGAGUGUAAUUUUGGAGGCCACAUAGACACUGGGGAUGUCUGGGUAAGGCAAUGCGGGAUGCUCACAUAGUUUUCCAGCUGCAGAGCUGGAGCUUGGGCCUUGCAUGGUAGUUUUGCUCUCUGUAGUAGGCUCCAUAGCUGGAGCUGUUCCUCCUCUUGGGGCAGCAGAGCAGCAAGGAUGAACUCCAAGCAUCCAUGGUGGCCAUCUAGCAAAGUGGAUCGGACACUGGUGCGCUCCGCAGCGCUGAUGGACGCUGUGGUCGAGCACUGGGUGAAUUCAGAUGGGAAUUUGCUUCUCUGAGCCUUGGCUGUAGGCAGAAUGAGCUUGCAGCUCAGCUGCAUUCUCAGCGUGUGACCUGCAGUGAAACAUUGACACCUAGUUGUGGUGCGAGGUGUUACAUCCUGUACCCACCUCCACGUGCUAUUUAGGUCUUUGUGGUGAAUGGGCUCAGGGGGUUGCUGAUGCUGACCUGGAGGGGUCUUUGUGUGCCUCACAAAGCCGUGAAUCCCACAGCAUCAGCCAGCACUUGGUGCCAGAUUGGGGACCGCCAGUGUCAGAGACGUCCAGGUGUGUUCUGAUGGUGAUGCACGUCCCCUGUCUCUUCUUCCUCCUCCUCCUCUUCCUCCUCUGACCGCUCAGUUCUAUAGGAGGAAGGCAGAGCCCUGUGGAACCAUCCCUCCACCUCAUCCAGACCUCCCUGCCUUGCAGAAAGCAUCGUGUGAAGGCUCCCGUGGUUCUGCCCUCUGUACCCACCCCCAGCUGCAUUCUGUGCUCCCGUAGUAGUUGUGUGCUCCUAUUCUCCAGACCUGACCUGGGCGUUCCUCCAUCUGCUUCUUUCUCUGUGCAUCGUUCUCUCGGUUCAUGUUUUAGCUACACAUGUAGAGUUGCCUUUCUUUGACAGAAUGUCCGAAUGUGAUAUAUUGUAUAUUUUAAAGUAUUUACCCUAUUUAUAUACUAUAUGUUACUGUUAAAUAAAUAUAAGUUCCAUUA